AUGGGUCACGUCAGGCUUGAUCAAGCUUCCGGACCCAGAUAUACCGACUUUGUCACGCAAUUCCCAUCUGCCUUCUUCGCCGCGGCGAGCUUUGACAAGGACCUCAUCGAGGAACGAGCUAGGCGGAUAGGCGGGGAGUUUAAGGGAAAGGGCAUCAAUGUCGCUCUGGCACCUGUCACAGGUGGACCACUGGGGCGGUCGCCUUUCGCAGGACGCAAUUGGGAAGCAUUCUCACCGGACCCCUACCUCUCCUCGACCCUUUCUUUCCUUACGAUUCGAGGCAUGCAGUCCACCGGAUUGAUCACCUGCGCCAAGCACUACUUGCUGUACGAGCAGGAGCCCGUCUGCACCGGUCCCGUGCUAGAUGGCAGCCGGUCGGACUGCUCGGACGUGAACAGCGUUGCUGAUGAUAAAACGCUAAAGGAGCUGUACCUGCCGAGCUUCGCCGAAUCUAUCCGAGCGGGUACAGGAGCUGUGAUGUGCUCCUACAACCUGGUCAACGGAACAUACUCAUGCGAGAAUGAUCAGACCAUGAACAGGAUAUUGAAGGAUGAACUGGGCUUUCAGGGCUUCGACUACGGAGCGACACAUUCAACCGUACCCUCAGCCUUGUCCGGAAUGGACAUGGAGCUGCCUUCGGUGGAAUACUAUGGAGAGCGGCUACUCCAAGCUGUGCUCGAAGGCAAGAUACCGCACUCGCGACUGGAUGACAUGGCCCAUCGUAUUCUGACCCCGUGGUUUGCGCAGAAGCAAAACGAAGGCCAUCCAAAGGUCAACUGGCAUAAAUUUGACCUGACCGACUUCGCCACCAUUAAUGGCCGCACCUACCGAAACGAGCAUGUGGACAACCGGGGGUCGAAUCCCAAAUUUGCAAGAAAGGUCGCAGCCGAGUCGACAGUACUGCUGAAGAAUACCGGAGUACUUCCUCUGCGCAAAAUUCGCCGGAUCGGUGUUUUCGGUACCGACGCAGAUUACCCUGACACGCUUUCAGGUUGUGGACCUGAUCUAUUCUGUAUGGUGGCGAGUAACAGGAGGUACUGGAACGGGACGGUGACUAUUGGUGGAGGGUCAGGCGCAGCAUACGCGGACUACGUGUCAUCGCCGAUGGAAGCAAUCUCCCUUCGCGCUCGCUCUGAGGGCAUCCGGGUCGACACUGUCCUCCAGGACGAUCCGGCGCACUUCAACGCCAUGGGCUACGUCGCUUCGCAAUCGGACGUCUGUCUGGUCUUUGUCUCGCUCUUCCUCGUCGAGAACUGGGAUCGAGAUGAGCAUCCUGGACUGCGUCUGGACAAGGGCGGCGAGGAGUUGAUCAAGGCGGUGGAGAAGCGGUGCGCGGGGCGGGUGGUAGUGGUGAUGCACAUCGGAGGACAAGUCGUCGUGGAAGAUUGGUUGCCCUUCACAAUGGGCCGGAUGGUUUCCGACUGGCCGAGUGGAAAUAUCAUCAGGGAAACUUCUCGCAGUAUGUUCAGCCAAAAAGAGGUACAUCCACAGUCGGUCUUCAGCGAGGGUUUGGCGAUCGACUACAAGUGGUUUGACAAGUGGGAUAUCAAGCCGCGGUACGAGUUUGGAUUCGGUCUGAGCUACACGACCUUCGAGAUGAGCGGCUUGAACUUGACUUCAGUCCAUCGCAAAGAUCAAGACAGCAUCCAGCCAACGAGGGAGAAGUAUCUUGGCUCAGCAGGGUUGUAUGAUGUUUUGUACAUCGCGCAGGUCAAUGUUUCCAAUACCGGCAAGGUCGCAGGCGCCGAGGUGGCUCAGCUGUACAUGAGCUUCCCGCCUGAUCAAGUCGAUCAGCCUCCUAAGCACCUGCGGGGAUACGCUAAAGUACACCUAAAGCCAGGCGAGACUCAGACGGUCGAGAUACCCAUUCGAAAGAAGGACAUGGCGAUCUGGGACGUCGUCAAGCAGGUAUGGCGCGUCCCUCAUGGGCCAUUCGUAUUCCGUGCUGGCAAUAGCUCCAAGAUGCUGCCGCUCAAGACCGGGGUGGAUAUCAAGGAGGAUCGUUAG